CUAUAGUCAGUCUCACUCUGCUAAUAUUUAUGAGUACUUUGUCUGUGUGUAUGUAUUUUACUGUGUACAUGCCUGGUGUCCUCAGGUCAAAAGGGCAUCAGAUUUCCCAGACCUGGAGUUACACAUAGUUUUAAACCUGAGUCCUUUGCAAAAGCAACAGAUGCUCUUAACCACUGAGCCAUCUCUCUAGUCCCUGGUCUCUUCUCCCACCUUCAUGUGUCCUCUGCCAUAUCCAUCCUAGGGAUUCCUGCCUGCUGGUGGAGGUUUCCCAUUUGUCCUCUAGUAGUACUUUAAUGCUACUGGCUAUGCCUGCUGGUCCUGCCACUGCCCAUGGUACUGUGGCUCCAUACAGGUCACCUCUAUGUCCUUAUACCCCAGCCAUAACCUGCAACUUGUCACACUUAAGUGCAGGAGAUGGCUCUAGUAAGACAGGCAUUCAGGGCACCCAGAAUUGUCACUCAGCUCUCUUAACAAAGUCAAUUCCAUACUGUCCCUCCUCAGAUACUCUCAUGUCCCCUUUCUCUGUUCUAUCUGACAGGGAUGUCCCCUCAGAAGGCCUUUGCCUCUGGGUCUAGAAACAAUAGCAGCUCACAGGGCAGGUGCUUUCCCAUAAUGUUGCACUGCAUGCCCUAGCUUCUCUGCUCCUCCCCUGCGUAGCCUUAGUGAGUCUUCAUUCCAGGGCCUUCUAUACCUAGCUCCCAUCUCCAUACAAAGCCUGGUGUAGCCUUCCCAUUCUUAGUCAUUUUAUCUUUUCCUUUGUCUGUUCUCCAAUCGUGUGAAAAUUCUACCUAUCUAUCCAAGCACUCCCUACUCCCAGAAAAGGGGAGGGAUUUGGCACCAUGAAGUCCUUUGUGUACUGGGUACAGCAUUCUCUUGCUAUUGGAGAUGAAAGUGCACGAGAAAGGUCCUUGAUGCCGUUCUUCCUGUCAUGAAUAAUGCCCACAAUGGUGAGAAGACAGUGUUCCGGGCCAGGUUCAGUUCCAUCACUGACACAGACAUCUGCAGUGCCAUGACCCGCCUGAGUGAGCCAGACCACAAUGAGGCACUCUCGGUGGAUGCCCGCCAGGAGCUAGACCUGCGCAUUGGCUGUGCAUUCACUAGGUUUCAAACAAAGUAUUUCCAGGGAAAAUAUGGUGAUUUAGACAGCUCUCUCAUCUCCUUUGGGCCAUGUCAGACUCCUACCCUGGGAUUCUGUGUAGAGAGACAUGAUAAAAUCCAGUCCUUCAAACCAGAGACCUACUGGGUACUUCAGGCCAAGGUUCAUCCUGAUAAAGAGGAGUCACUCCUUCUGGACUGGGACCGUGUUAGAGUUUUCGACCGGGAGAUUGCGCAGAUGUUUUUAAACAUGACAAAGCUAGAAAAAGAAGCUUGGGUGGAGGCUACAAGCAGGAAAGAAAAAGCCAAGCAGAGACCACUUGCUCUGAACACUGUGGAGAUGUUACGUGUGGCCAGCUCAGCUCUGGGUAUGGGACCACAGCAUGCCAUGCAAAUAGCUGAGAGAUUAUACACACAGGGAUACAUCAGCUACCCACGGACAGAAACCACCCACUAUCCUGAGAACUUUGACCUGAAGGGCUCUUUGCGACAGCAGGCCAAUCACCCAUACUGGGCAGACUCGGUAAAGCAGUUGUUAGCGGAAGGCAUCAACCGCCCUCGGAAAGGUCAUGAUGCUGGUGACCAUCCUCCAAUCACACCUAUGAAGUCAGCAACAGAGGCUGAAUUAGGAGGUGAUGCAUGGCGACUCUACGAGUAUAUCACCAGACACUUCAUUGCCACAGUGAGCCAUGACUGCAAGUAUCUCCAGAGCACUAUCUCCUUCAGGAUUGGGCCUGAACACUUUACAUGCAUGGGAAAGACAGUUAUUUCCCCAGGCUUCACAGAGAUCAUGCCUUGGCAGAGCGUGCCCCUGGAAGAGAGUCUGCCCACAUGCCAGAAGGGUGAUGCCUUCACUGUGGGUGAGGUGAAGAUGCUAGAGAAGCAGACAAGCCCGCCAGACUAUCUGACUGAGGCUGAGCUCAUCACGCUCAUGGAGAAGCAUGGUAUCGGGACUGAUGCCAGUAUCCCUGUACAUAUCAACAACAUCUGCCAGCGCAACUAUGUCACUGUGGAGAGUGGCCGCCGGCUGAAGCCCACCAACCUUGGCAUAGUUCUCGUGCAUGGUUACUACAAGAUUGAUGCAGAGCUGGUACUCCCCACUAUCCGCAGCGCAGUGGAAAAGCAGUUGAACCUUAUUGCCCAGGGCAAAGCUGACUACCACCAGGUCCUGGGUCACACCCUGGAUAUCUUCAAGAGAAAAUUCCACUACUUUGUUGAUUCUAUUGCAGGCAUGGAUGAGUUGAUGGAAGUAUCCUUUUCACCCCUGGCUGCCACUGGCAAGCCCCUUUCACGCUGUGGAAAGUGCCAUCGAUUUAUGAAGUAUAUCCAGGCCAAGCCAAGCCGCCUACACUGCUCCCACUGUGAUGAGACCUACACCCUCCCCCAGAAUGGUACCAUCAAGCUGUACAAGGAGCUGCGGUGCCCAUUGGAUGACUUUGAACUGGUCCUGUGGUCCUCGGGCUCGCGGGGCAAGAGCUACCCACUUUGUCCCUACUGCUAUAAUCACCCACCCUUCCGAGACAUGAAGAAAGGCAUGGGCUGCAAUGAGUGCACACACCCUACUUGCCAGCACUCACUGAGUAUGCUGGGCAUUGGCCAGUGCGUGGAAUGCGAGAAUGGAGUCCUGGUUCUCGACCCUACCUCUGGUCCCAAGUGGAAGGUGGCCUGCAAUACAUGCAAUGUGGUGGCACACUGCUUCGAAAAUGCCCACCGAGUACGGGUAUCUGCCGACACCUGCAGCACCUGCGAGGCUGCCUUGCUCGAUGUAGACUUCAACAAGGCCAAGUCUCCCCUUCCUGGCAAUGAAACACAGCACACAGGCUGCAUCUUCUGUGACCCCAUCUUCCAGGAGCUGGUGGAGCUGAAGCAUGCAGCCUCUUGUCAUCCCAUGCACCGAGGUGGUCCUGGAAGGAGGCAGGGUCGUGGGCGGGCCCGGGGCCGGAGACCUCCAGGAAAGGCCAAUCCCAGACGGCCAAAAGACAAGAUGUCAGCCCUGGCUGCUUACUUUGUAUGACAGCCCAUCUUUUCCCCACUCCAGACACCUCGUGGUUAUCUUUGAGCCACUGAAACCAUUAAAAUGCUUUUUAUUUUUUAUUCUCUGGAACAAAAA